AUGAAGAUCUUAGUUUUCUUUUUUGCAAAAGUGUUUAUAGGUACGAAAGAUAUAUAUGUAGUGAUGAAUUAAUCAUAUAAAUUAGUAUAAUAGGAUAUAAUUAAUACAGGAGCCCAUACUUGGAUUGAUGAGACUUCAGCAGCAUUAAGUUUGACAGGAACAUUAUGUUCAUCAUUAAAAUAACCUUUUGUUACUAUAAGUAGUCAUUUGGCAAAAUCAAUAUCAAAUCAAUAUAUUGUUACUAAUAAUGAUCAUGAAAUAUACAUAAAAGUUAUAGUAGCAGGAACAUGGGAGGGAGAUUCUUUUGUAAUAAAGAGUGGUACAACAACAUUAUUAACAUAAUCUCUAACAACAGCAACAUAGCUGAAUGAAGUGUAUUGUACAUUAUCGAAGUAAUUUUGAUAAAAUAAUGAAUAGUGUAAAAGUAAUGGUUUUUCAGGUUGUAGCACUUAAAACGUCAUUAAUAACUAGUGGUUCAGAUAAGUUAUUAAAAUUAAUUCUCAGUAUUCCAACUUUGAAUGAUGCUGCAAAAACUAAAACUAUAUAUGUGGGUCCAGUAUUAAUUUAUGAAAUUGGUACAUCUGUUGGAUCUUCAAAUAUAUAUGUAGCAAAUCAGUAAUAUAAUUAUUUUACAUCAUUGGUUUAAAAUCCUAACACAGUAUUGGGAAGGUUUAGUUAUAGUACAAUAAAUUCAAUAGCAUCUUAAAAGUAUGAUUUAUUAACAUUUGGAAUCACAAAAGCUAACUUUAUAAUAGGAGGAUAUAGAAGAUGGAAUUAAGGAAUAAUAACAUUUAGUUAAACUUUAUAAGUUCAUUAUAAGAUAAAAUUCAGUUUCUAUAUUUAUGCAUUUGAUACCUAAAUAAAAUUAACAUCCACUAAUCUUAUAAUAAAAGUUAAUGGUGCUUCAGGUUUAAUUGUGUUACCAGAAACUUCUAUUAAUAGAAUAUAGGCAGGUAAUUUAUAUGGUAAUAAUGGAAUGGAUUCUGUUUAUUUUAUAGAGUAUGAAGUAGAUCAUAUUAAUACAAAUUUAUAAAUUACAAUAGAAUUGACAGAUACUAUAGAUAUGGGAAUUACAAACUUUCAAUUAAUUUCUAAGAAUUGUCCUUAAUUUUGUUAAUCUUGUUAUAGUGAAGGAACCUGUGAUGCUUGUUCUAGUGUAGAUAAUAGAAAUUAAGUUACUUGUUAAUGUAAUGAAUAAUACUAUGAGGAUUUAGUUAAUUUUAUUUGUAAACGUAUUUAUUUAAUAUCUAAAUUAAGCUUGCGAUUAUAGAUGUGCUAAAUGUCUAUAUGAUCCAAUCGAUACUAAAGGAACUUGUUUAUUAUGUAAAUAUGGUUUCGAUAUAAAUACUAAAUGUUCAACAUGUCUUUAUUCCUAUCAAUUUGAAAAUAAGAUAGCUAUUAAAUGUGAAAGUAUUUAUAUCAACUUAACAUUAAUAUAGAUUGUUAAUCAUGUUGUUUAACUUGUUCUGGUCCAACCGAUAGAGAUUGUAUUACUUUUAAAAAACCAUAUAUGAUAAUGCCUGAUAAUUAAGCAGUCCUAAGUUGUCCAUCCAAUUUUAUUAUUAUUUAAUAAACUAUUGAUAGAACUUUAUGUGUCAUAUGUGAUUUAAGUUGUAAAACUUGUGUUGAUACUCCUUCUAAAUGUUUAACAUGUUAUGAUGGUUAUGAAUUGCUAUUCAAUUAAUGCUUAUUAUCAUGUCCUAUCUCAACUUAUAGAUUAAAUAAAGAUUGUACUCCUUGUUCAGAUCCAGUAUGUUAAACUUGCACAGAAUCAUAAUGUUUAAUGUGUCUACCUAAUACAUUUAUGUCUAGAAUCUCUAAAUUAUGUAUAUCUCCUUGUGAUACUGGAUAUUAUAGUGAAUUAACUACAAGAACAUGUAGAAAAUGUCAUCAAACAUGUAAAGAAUGUUCUAAUCCGCUUUUUACAUAAUGUUCAACAUGUCCUGAUAAUACUUAUAUGUUAGUUUUAAAUUCUUAACUUAUAACAGGAAUAUGUUACAAAAUUUACCAGAAGGAUAUUAUCCUUCUGGUAAAUUUUGUGAACCAUGUUUUUCUGGAUGUCGAUUUUGUUCAGCAAUAACAAUCUGUUAAACUUGUAUCGCAGGAUUUUUUUUAUAUAACAACUUUUGUGUUGAAACUUGUCCAUCUAAUAUGUAUCCUAAUCAAUUUGUUUAAAAAUGCCUAAAUUGUAAUUAAGCUUGUAAUGAAUGCACUGGAGGAGAAAAUUAUUAAUGUUUAACUUGUAGUGGAGGAUUGUAACAAUAUUAGGGAAAAUGUUAUACUGUGUGUCCACUUGGAACAAUUGGAGUAAAUGGAAUAUGUUAAUCAUGCACAUUUAAUUGUGAUGUUUGUGUAGGUACAAAUGUUUAUGAUUGCACAUAAUGUAGUGAAUAAAAGUUUAUUUUAAAUGGAUAAUGUUAUGAUAUAUGUCCUCCCUCUUACCAAGCAGAUCUAACAACAUUCAAAUGUGAAUUUUGCAUUGAUAAUUGUGAAGCCUGUAUUUAAAGUACUUGUCACUUAUGUUUAAGUGGAUAUUUCUAUUAAAAUGGUCUAUGUUACACUUAAUGUUUUGAUGGUUUUUAUAAAUAGAAUAAUUAGAGAAGAUGUUAACCAUGUAAUUUAGUUUGUAAAACAUGUUUUGGUCCAGAUAUUGAUGAAUGUUUAACUUGUCCAAAUAGUUACUAUUUCUAUUAUAAUAAUUGUUUACCAGAAUGUCCAGAAGGAUUUUAUGCAGCAACUGGUCGAAUAUGUACACCUUGUCAUUAAACUUGUUUAACAUGUCUUAGUCCUUUAAUUAAUCAUUGUGUUACUUGUCCAAUUACAUCCUAUCUCUAUUAAUAAAAAUGUAUACCUUCAUGUCCUAGUGGAACAUAUACAUCAUAUACUUUUUAAUCUUGUAUAGAAAGAAUGCGUUGCGUAACUGAUUGUAGUCCUGGAUAUACAUUAAAUGGAAUAGAAUGUGAAACUCUUUUGUUAGUCCCUAUUACAUGCGAUCCAUAAUGUCUAACAUGUGCAUUACAAUCAUCUAAUUGUCUUACAUGUUAACCAUCAAGGUAACAAAAUAAACCAUAAUGUACUUGUAUAAAAGGAUUCUAUGAUGUUGGAGCACCUCUAUGUCUACCAUGUUAACAUUAAUGUUCUACAUGCAAAGUACAAUCUAAUAAUUGUUAAACUUGUAAAGGAAAUAGAUAUGGUUCAACUUGUAGUUGUCCAGACUAUUAUUAUGAAGAUGGUGUUUCAUUAAAUUGUCCAAAAUGUAAUUACAAAUGUGAAUUUUGUCAAAAUAAUGUUUGUACAACAUGUGCAGAUAGGAGAAUAAAUUUACCUACAUGUAUAUGUCCAGAUGGAUUUUUUGAUGACUUAACUCCAACUUGUUAAGGUUGUAGUAUUGUAUGUAAAACUUGUGUUGAUGUGGCAGAUAAAUGUGUAAUAUGUUCAGGAAUAAGAGAGAAUGCACCAUAUUGUACAUGUCCUUCUGGUUACUUUGAUUUUUAAGGGUAAUGUUUGAAAUGUUAAUUUGAAUGUGUAGAGUGUGAUUCAAAUGGAUGUCUAAGCUGUUAAGGUAAUAUGAGUGGUCCUUUUGUUGGUAAAUGUAUUUGCAAAGAUGGAUAUUCUAGAAAGAGUAUAGGAUCUGUAUAUUGUACAAAUUGUGAUAUGGGUGUAGCAUAUUCUUUAUUAAAAUCUGGUUUAAAUAAAAUAAAGAUAGAUUUUGGUGGACCUUUAGAUUUAGUAGAUGAAACUAAAACAGGUUGUGAUGAAUAUUUUUAGACAUCAACUGUAUCAACUUUAGGUUCAAAUGCAUCCUGCAGUAUUGAUGAGAAUGCAAUAAUAGUAACAUUAGGUAAGUAUGCAACAAUAGAUAUUGGACAUACUUUUGCAUUUGGAAGUGGAUUCAAAUUGAAAAUAUGUUCAUCAAGUUUUAUUGCAUAUAAAUAGAGUAAUUUAAUAUUAGAUCCAUCAACAUCAAAUGAAGAGAAUUUACCAUACAUUACAUUUAUGGCUUAAUAACCAAAAACUACUUGCGAGGCUGUAAUAAUAAAAUUCAACAUAGGAAAUACGGGAAAUAGAAAUUUUAAUAUAUAUAGUUGGGAAUUAACUUAGCCAGUAGAUUAUGUAAAUGUUGAACUUAAUACAAUUUUAAGUUCUAUAACUCCUGCUAAGACUUUUGAUAAUUAAAUAACUAUACCUAAAUUAAUAUUAAAACCAUAUACAACAUUUGGAUUUAAUAUUUAAUUAAGAAAUUUCUUAGGAUUAGAUGGAUAAAAUACUAUUUUUAUUCAGACAUUAGGUCCUGCUUAAAUUAGUAUAUAAGAACCUGAAGAAUAGAAUACAUUUUAUAGAUAUGAAACAAUGUUGCUUAAUUUCACAUUUGUUUAUUCUAAUUGUACUUUAACUUCAGAGAUGACUGAAAAGAUUAAUAUAAUAAUAUCAUUAGGUUCUAGAUUAUUAUCAGAAUAGAGUGAGAGAUAUAUUUUAUAAAUGAGUUCUUCAUUUGACAUUUAAAUUCCAAUAGAUCCUUAUAUAUUAAAAGUAGGAUCAAAUAAUAUAAGUGUUACAAUAACAGUACCAUCAUAAUCAAUAUCAAAAAAUAUACAUAUGAAUUAAGAAAUAGCUGAAGGGACUUUGGUUGUAAAGAUUAAGGGUGGUAAUAGAUAAGUAGGAGAUGUAGCUAUAGUAAUUUUGAAUGCUUCAGCUAUUGAUUAAGAUAUUGACCCUAAAGAAAAUGAUGAAUUUUAAUACGAGUUUUCUUGGACAUGUUUCGAUGUAUUAAAAGGUGCUGAUUGUUUAGAUUUAUAUGGUAAUUCACUUAAAUAUCCUAAUGGGAAAUCAGUUGUUAUAUAGGCAAGUGAACUUACACAAUAUAACUCCUAUGUUUUUAAGGCUGAAACUAAAAAGGGAAAUAAAUAAGCAUCUGGUAAAUCUAUGAUUCAGAUUGUGGAAGUUGAUGUCCCUUAAUUAUAAUCUAGUGAUGAAAAAUAAGAAGCUAAAAUCAUUCAAUCAAUAUUUAAUUAUUAUGAUGAAAUUUAAUUAUCCUUUUAAUAUACAUCUACCAAUCCAGAUAAUCUAUUUUAUUCAGCUACUAUUAUUUAUGAUUAAGUUUCUGUUAAAUCCUUUAAAUUUUAUAGUUUAACUUUCAAAUUUAGAUUAAUUGAUUAUUUCACUAAACUCAAUGUUAUUCAAAGUAAUUAAAUUACUCUCAGAAUAUCAGUUUACAAUCCUAUUUUUGUUAUGCCCUCCUUAAGAAGUAUUGUUAUAACUUAUAAUCUACCUCCCAAUAAUUGCUAACUUAUAUUCAAUAAUCCUGAUUCAAUUAUCUAUGAAUUCAAAACCUAUGUUAAUAUUACUAUUACUGAUUGUGAGGAUGAUGAUUUACCUUUACAAUACAAACUCUUAUUCUACAAUGAUAAAGAUACUUAUGAUUAUGAUUUAACUAUUGGUAAAUUCAUUAACAAUAUCAACAUCUUAGAUUUUCAAUCUAACAAUACUCUCUUAUUCUAAUUACCCUACGUAGGUCCUCAACAAUCAAUUAAUUAUACAUCCUAUCUAUUAUUUAUGAUUAAAGAUUAAAUGAAUGGAAUCUCUAAUAUCACUUCACCUAUCAUCAUUACUAACAAUUUUGAUAUUAAUCAAUCUUCAAUGGGUAAACUUCUUGAUGAUGCACACAAUCUCUAAGAUACACUCUAUAUUCAAGAUUUAAUAGUCAACAGAGUUAUUUAAAUGGAUAAUUAUUCAUCAUUCAAAUAUGAUUUAAUUAGAAAAAAUGAUUUGAUAGCAUAAGAAGAUCUUCCCAUUGAUUAAUAAAAUACUAUACUUAAUCAAAUGAUCUAAUUAAUUAAUGAUAAAGAAGUCUCAUCAUAAUUUUUAAUUUAAUUAAAUUCUCUUAACAAUUUCAACAAAACUAUUUAAUCAAAUCUUUUAUAAUUCAAAACACUCCAAUAAGAUUCUUAGACCACUUUACAAUAAUAAAAUUAUAUCAAAAAUUAUCAUAAAUAUUUUGAUCUAUUCUCCUCACUUAUUUCAAAUAGUGAAAACUUCAAUACAACAAAUGAUUAACUCUUAAAAUAUAUUGAAAUCAUUAAAACUUAAUUAAUUGAUUUAACUAUCUUAAAUAGUGAUGGUUUCAAUAUACAAAAUGAUUAAGCUAUACUCUAAGUCAAAAAAGCCAGUUAUAAAGUUAUCAAUGAAUUAACUGGUAACAUUUUAAAAAAAGAAUAAGUCUUUAGAUUAUUAGAAUCAAAUCAAGAAUAAUCCAAUUUCUAAUAUUUUUUUAAUAAAUUUAUUGCUAAUCCUUAUUUAAAUGAAGAAACCUUCCCAAAGAAUUACUCAUUUGGAGCUGAAACCAUUUAUUUGAGAGUUGUCGAUGAAAACACUCAAUUAAAUGCAAUUAUGUUACAACCAUUUUCUUAUACUUUUAUAGUUAAUGACACAUAUGCCAAUAAUUAAACUAUUUGUAUUUAAAAAUUAUUUGAUAUUUGGACAUCCAAAGAUAUUUAAACUACACUCAUUAAUAAAACAGCUAUAUCAUGUUAAAUUUUAUUAUUUAAUCCAUUUACUAUUGUAAUAAAUAGUACUUUUAGUAAUAAUACAAAUUCAACAGAAACUCCAACAGAUUAAGAAGAUGAAACAGAUGAAUAAAAUUAAAAUUAAUAAAAUGAAUAAAAUUAAUAAACUAAUAAUAAUUAAAAUCAAACUUCAAAUAUCAAUAAUACACCUAACACUUUAUUAAUAUCUGAACUUUUCUUUAUAUAUCUAAUUUUAAUAGGGUCUUUAAUUCUAUUACUUACAUUUUAUGCUCAUUAUAAGGAUACUCAAUUUGCAAAAGUUUAUAUUCAUAAGAAAUCUGAAUCAGAAAUUGUUCGUGCAAAUUAAAAGAGUGAGACUCCUGAAAUAAAAAAGGGAUAAAUCUUCACUUAUAAAGAAAAACAUAAUCAAAAUGAAUAGACUAUCACAACAUCAUAGUCCAAUAUACAAAGGCUUUCAACAUUCCAAAAAUUUAAGUUGAUAACUUUGAAUUUUCAUACUUUGAUAAGUAUUUUCUAUAGAGAUGAAGCAUAUAGAAAGAUUACUUAUUUCAAUUAUGUUAUAAGGUUCUUUUUCAUAUAAUUAUCCAUCUUUAUAUCAUACAUUUACUUUACAUUUGACUAUUAAUUAGCUUUAGUAUUUCUAUUUAGUCCCUUUGUUUUUUCAAUCUAUACAUUUUUAAUGAAUAUACCAGUUGAAAAUAAAUUAUAUAUUGGAUUAAAAAUUGUAAUGACAAUAUUAUCCCUUUUUAUAAUUGGAUUAAGCAUUUAUAGAGUAGUUGAUUUUAUCAUUAAUGGCAAUGAGUAUAACUUAAAUAAGAUUACAUAUUUUUUGAUGGGUUCUAUUGGUUAUGAUAAUCUAGUAUAUAAUAUGAUUAUUAUUAUGAUUAUCUUUUUAAUGACUAUUAAGGAAGGAGGCAUUUCUCUUAAGAUACUUAAAUUCAUGUAAAAAUGCGAUUAAGAAUAAAUUAUGCUUUAUUAAUCAAAUGUAGAUGCAAUCAAACAAUAAUGA